AUGGCUGACAAUACGUCCAUAAGAGUCGCCGUAAGGGUCCGGCCUUUGCUGGAAAAUGAAAUUAGCAAAGGCUCGAAGGAAGUGGUCGAAGUUGUGGACGCCAACAAGCAGGUGGUCAUUCGAAGCGUGGACAGGGACGCGGCGUACACGUUCGAUCACGUCUUCAACAGCAAAACCGAAGAAACCCACGUUUAUAAAUCUUCGGUGAAAUCCCUCGUAGAAAAUUUAUUUAAGGGGUUUAACGUCACCAUACUGGCGUACGGACAAACGGGAUCCGGUAAAACCCACACCAUGGGUACAACGUAUAACGGUGACGGGCCCAUGGGUAUAAUUCCACAAGCCAUCGUGGAUAUUUUUAAUUUUGUUAAAGAUAAUUUCUCGUACGACUUCAACAUUACCGCUUCAUUCACAGAGCUGUACCAAGAAGUUCUGUAUGACUUGCUAAGCGAUAAGCCUCGAGACCAAUGCACGUUAGACAUUCGAGAGGAUUCCUCGAAGGCCAUUUAUAUACCUAACAUCACAGAAAUCGAAGUGAAUUGUGUUCGGGAGGUGUUCGAGAUACUAGAAAAAGGGACGAGCCGUCGGGCGACGAGCGCUACUGCGAUGAACGCUCAAAGUUCCCGCAGUCACGCCAUAUUCACCCUUAACUUAUCGAUGACUCAUAAGGAAGACUGCAUGAUGAACAAGCAAGGGAAGCUGCACCUGGUAGAUUUAGCUGGCAGCGAGAGGCCCAAAAAGACGCUCGCCAGCGGCAAUACGUUUAAAGAAGGCGUGAAUAUCAACAGGGGACUCCUUGCGUUGGGCAAUGUGAUUAGUUUCUUAGGGGACGAGAAGACCCAAAACGCUUUCGUCUCCUAUCGAGACAGUAACUUAACAAGACUGCUAAAAGAUUCGCUGGGGGGCAAUAGCAUAACUUUGAUGAUAGCGUGCAUUAGCCCGGCCGAUUACAAUUUAGAUGAGACUUUAUCGACGUUACGGUAUGCGGACAGGGCGAAAAAGAUUAAAAACAAGCCCGUCGUUAAUCAAGACCCUAAAACGGCGGAGAUUAACGCUCUGAAAAAGACUAUACAACAACUAAAGUUACAAAUCGCCGGCGAAGAGGUUCCUGUUGUAUGUCGAGAAGAGUUGGAAACCGUGAAGAGAGAAUACGCGGAGUUGAAAGCCAAGUAUCGGGAUAUCAGCUUGCAGCUUUCAUCGGUGCUGGUUAUCAAUACCGGUCUGUACGAGAAGAUACAAAUCCAUCAGACGUCCCACGAUAAAAUCAACCAGAAAGUGUCGGAGUUCAAAGACAGUUUCUACAGCAGUUUGGAAAAAUUGAACGCGGCCAUCCGGGAAAAUGAUAUCGAAACCGUGCAGGAUGUAAUUUCCAAAUUACAAGAUAUAAAAAACGACGUAGAGGAAAUAAGUUCUGAACAACAACAAACCGAUAAGGAAAUUAGUGACCACGACAGCAGGAAAUUUACAACAAGAUUUACACCCGAAGAAAAUGGCCAGGGCGACGAACCGGACGAACUCGACGAUGAAGAGCGGGAGAAUCACGCCGACAGGCAGUUGAAAUUGAACGUCCAACUGACCGAAUUAGACCGAGAGUUGAAUAUCAAGGAGAACCUCGCGAAACAGCUAACAAACAUGCAACACUUGGUUGAUUUACAGGCUUUGCAGGAAAACGAAGCGAAAAUCGCGCAGUUGGAACGCGAAAAAGAGGAUCUUUUGCAAAUGUUGAAGAACGCCGGUAAUUCGUGCAAAAUCGCCGAACAGCGCAGGAAACGCAUGCAGGAUUUGGAACAGCAAUUGCUCGAUUUAAAGAAAAAAGUUCAAGAACAAAACGCCCUUCUUAAGCAGAAGAACAAGGCCGAGGAGCGCGUCAAGAUGCUCAACAACGAAAUCGUCCAAAUUAAACAGGCCAAAGUGAAGUUGGUGAGAUCGAUGCGCGAGGAAUCGGACAGGUUCCGGCAAUGGAAGAUGGAAAAAGAAAAGGAAUGCAUCCGGCUCAAGCGAGAAGACAAAAAGAAAGAGUUUGAAAUCAACAAGAUGAAAUCGCUUCACAACAAGCAGCAGAACGUGUUCAAGCGGCGAGUAGAAGAAGCCGAGGCGAUCAAUAAGAGACUGAAGUACGCGUUGUCUUUGAAGCAGCAGGCGCAGGAGAUGCGGAGCACCGGCAAAACCGAUCGGCUCGAGCAAUGGCUCCGACAAGAGUUGGAUUUGUACAUAAAUUUAGUCGAAGCCGAAGCGACGUUGAAAGUGCUCCUAGAGGAUCGGGCUACGUUGCAAAAUAUGAAAGACAAUUGGACCGACGAAUGCGCCACUCAAGACCUCAAAACUAUCGAGGAGGAUUUGGAGUUGAGGAGCAUACAAAUUAGCGAUUUGCAAACAAAAUUACUCGCUUCCGACGAAGAUAAUCGAUCGAAGUUUCGCAUUGAAAAGUUUCAAAGCAUGUCCGAGGCUAAAUACGGGAUAAAAUUUUUGUUUGUGAAGUUGGGUGAAGUUGUUAAAGAAAAGGUCGGGUUCCAAAUGAGGAACAGCGAACUACAAGAGGUGAAUAAGGAGACCAUUGAAAAAUUGAAGAACGCGAAGAAAAUUCAAGAAAACGACGAGCUCUUGAAGGUCCAAUUGCAGAAAUAUGAAGAUAGAAUAGCCCUCCUGACGAAGGAAAUCAACGAAAACGCUGCUUGUUCUAUAAACGAGAGCGAUCGAACAACGAGAAUCGAACAACUUCAGAACGAAAAUAGACUUCUCAACAACAAACUGUUGUCUUUAAUGGAGCGACAUAACAGAGAUAGCAAGGAUAAUACAAUUACAAUGCCUGAGAAGAAGGAACUUACGAUUUGCAAUACACCGGAGCGAAACGUCAGUAAAAUAACUCUGAUUACUGACAAAAAUCAACAAGUCAUCGGGACGAGGAUACCACCGUUAAAGGAGCGAGAUGAGAACGAGAUACCGAAUGGUAAUUUUAUGUCGCCUUUGUGCGAAGAGGACGAUGAUGAUAUCGAAAAGGAUCCCGAUUGGAGAAAGACCCCCUACGGGAAGUUUCUGUUGGACGAAAAAAAGAAAAUAAGUAGAAGUACAAUUAAUAAAUUGGGAAGCUUGGAACUGGGAAAGCGCUCGUCGGAUGGAGGCUGUACAUGUAAAACGAAUUGCAAUGGACGUUGCGGAUGUAGGAAGGUAGGCAGGGAAUGUUCUGAUUUAUGCAAAUGCCGGAGAGACGUGUGUCAAAAUCAGGAGAAGUCUGGCUCCACAGAACCGCAUACAAAUAGUGACGGCAAAAAACCUACUAGACAUUCGGAUUCGAUUAAUGGCGUUCAAGUAGUAGAACUAAGUCUAAAUAGCCGUGGGCUUUCGACGACCGCUAAAAAAAGGAUAUGGUUUAAAAAUAAAUGA